GCAUUCAAGACAGUGCGAAAAACGACCGUGAAAAUGGGAAUAAGCUUUUUUCUAGGUUUGAGGUUACAAACGGACUUUUUAAUCAACUUUGUUUAUUCUUUCUACUUCAACUUGUAUUUGUUGUUGUCGCAUGGAUACGGCAUCAUGGUUUGUUUGGAGGUCACGGAAAAGUGAUAAGUUAUCUUAAAAUAUUUCUUGCUGCCUCUGUAAUCAGAUAAAAUCCUCUUUCUCAUAAGUAUUUUGGAAGUUAGAAACUAUUAGAGUUUACCAACAACAAUCAAACAAUUUUAAAACUUUGUUUAAUUGGCGUAGUAAAUUCAUUUUCCAAUGAAUUUUGCUCCUGACUCAUUCGGACCACGAUGCUGACAUAAAGUUAUCCUCAGUGAUAGACAGAUAAUCAGUUAAGAGUCUCCUUUGCUAUCUGGGUAACCGUGGGAAAUUUUUGUUGUUUUCCUCUCCAUGUAAUGCAAAUGCGGGUUGCCUACAUUUUCAAGUUCAACAUCAAAUUGUUCCUUCAACAUGGGUCGAAAAGUUACUCUUGCUACAUGCACCCUUAAUCAGUGGGCAAUGGACUUUAGAGGUAAUUAUGAACGAAUUCUUGAAAGCAUUAAAAUUGCCAGAGAUAGAGGUGCUACUUAUCGAUGUGGCCCAGAAUUAGAAAUUACCGGCUAUAGUUGUGGUGAUCAUUUUUAUGAGAGUGAUACAUUGCUUCAUUCAUGGGAAGUACUGGCUAAGUUAUUGCAGGAUCCAGUUUGCAAGGAUAUGAUAAUUGAUAUUGGAAUGCCAAUUAUGCAUAAGAAUGUGACUUAUAAUUGUAGAGUUGUAUUUUUGAAUAAGAAGAUACUUCUAAUUCGACCCAAACUAAUCCUUUGUGAUGAUGGCAACUACCGAGAAACUCGUUGGUUUACUGCAUGGACUAAAACGAAACAAACUGAAGAUUUUCAUUUGCCAAGAAUGAUUCAGGAUAUAUGUGGACAACAAACUGUCCUAAUAGGUGAUGCUGUGAUUGCUACUUUAGAUACCUGCAUUGGUUUUGAAAUCUGUGAAGAAUUAUGGAACCCUCAGAGCUCACAUAUAUCACAAAGCUUUGAUGGAGUUGAAAUAAUUUCCAAUGGUAGCGGAUGCUACCAUGAGCUUAGAAAAGCCUAUGUUGUUGUAGACUUGGUAAAAUCGGCUACAGCUAAAUGUGGAGGCAUUUAUUUGUUCUCAAACUUGCGUGGAUGUGAUGGAGAGAGAACUUAUUUUCAAGGCUGCUCUCAUGUAGCAAUUAAUGGGCAUAUGGUUAGUAUUGGCAAACAAUUUUCAUUACAAGAUGUUGAAGUCAUAACUGCAACAUUAGAUCUGGAAGAUGUCCGGAUUUACAGAAAUGCCAUUCGUAGUCGCAAUUUAGUUGCUGCUUCAGCACCUCGUUAUCCUCGAGUUCAAUGUGAUUUUGCUUUAUCCUCAAAUGACUUAUUCUUGCCAACGUUUGAGCCAAAAGAGUGGAAAUAUCAUUCACCUGAUGAAGAGAUUGCUUUAGGGCCAGCUUGCUGGUUAUGGGAUUAUUUACGACGAAGUGGGCAAGGUGGCUUCUUUUUACCAUUGAGUGGUGGAGUUGAUAGUAGUAGUACUGCUGUUAUUGUUCAUUCAAUGUGUACUUUAAUUUGUCAAGCUAUAUCUGAUGGAGACACCAAUGUUUUGGAAGACUUGCGAAAGAUUAUUGGUGAUUCAAAAUACAAACCUCAAAAUCCCAGAGAGUUAUGUAAUCAAAUAUUGGUGACUUGUUACAUGGGCACUAAAAACUCAUCGGAAGAAACCUGCAAUCGAGCAAAAGAUUUGGCUUCACAAGUUGGUAGUUUCCAUAUGAAAAUUAAAAUUGAUAUAAUAAUAGAUGCAAUAUUAGCUGUGUUUACCUUAGUUACUGGUGUAACACCAAAAUUCCGUGCUCAUGGUGGAAAUACACGAGAAAAUUUAGCCUUACAAAAUGUGCAAGCUCGUAUUCGAAUGGUUAUGGCAUAUUUUCUUGCUCAAUUGGUUUUGUGGACUAGAAAUCGCUCUGGUGGCUUACUAGUGCUAGGUUCUGGAAAUGUUGAUGAGGGGCUUGCCGGCUACCUCACAAAGUAUGAUUGCUCAAGUGCAGAUGUCAAUCCUAUAGGAUCAAUUAGUAAAAAAGAUCUGAAAUCUUUUUUAAAAUAUGCAAUAUUUCAAUUUAGCUUACCGGCAUUGGGAGAAAUUCUCGAUGCGCAACCGACAGCCGAGUUAGAACCGUUGGUAGAAGGCAAGUUAGUCCAGACAGAUGAAGAAGACAUGGGCAUGACCUAUGAUGAACUUAGCAUUUAUGGUCACUUGCGUAAGCCAGGAGGUUGCGGUCCUUACUCUAUGUUUUGUAAACUUGUGAAUACUUGGUCAAAUAUUUUGCAAGCACAUGAUAUAGCGGAUAAAGUGAAGCAUUUUUUCAGGAAAUACUCGAUAAAUCGUCAUAAAAUGACUGUUCUCACACCCUCUUACCAUGCUGAAACUUACAGUCCUGAUGACAACCGAUAUGAUCAAAGGCCAUUUUUGUAUAAUGUGAAAUGGGAUUGGCAGUUCCAUGCAAUCGACGUUGCUCUGAAAAGGUAUAAGAAAAUAAAAGAGGACAGAAUGAGAGAGAUAGCUAGUCACGGUUACAGUAAAAGUCAUCAUUCAAAAGAGAGGAGUUAUCCCGACCUUAGUGGUGCUCCUCUUCUAGAGAGUGUGUCUGGAACUGGACGAUUUGGUGUUGUUGUUUCUGAUAGCUUGCCUAAAUGCUCAAAAGAUGGCAUGCAUAGAUCAUCCUACAGACGUGGAACUGUGGGAGCAGCUGUGAGCUCAGAUGUUUUAUCUUUUUAAAAGAUCUGUUAAUUUUUGAUUAAAUUGAACAAAUUUUGUUUAAUUCUCUUUUCUUAUGUUAUUUAGUUUUUGAAAACUCAAGGUGCUAUACGUGCUGUCCUAUAUAUAUAUAUAUCUUGUAUUUAUAUUAAUCUAAGAGUUAUGUUACUAGAUCAUGAAAAAAAUUGAGUGUAAAUUAAAGUUUUCACUUAAAGUUAAUAGCUUAUCUAUCAGUAUUUACUUUUCAUACGUUGAAUUUUUUGGUUAUAUUAUUAGUAUUACUAGAGUUUUUCUCUACAGAAGUCUAGUUAUAUAUUUGUGCUGUAUUGUUAAAUGUUUACCUACAUAAUGUAUGGUUAAGAUUUUAAUUGAUAAUUGUUUAUUAAUUAAUUAUCAUUGAUUUGCUUAGUGUUAGAUUUUUUUUUAAUUCAAAAUUUUAGAGAGCUGCAGUAAGAUUAAUUUUUUUAUUCUCUUGAAACCCUAUUUUCUGUACUGAUUCAAAAAUAAAUAAGUUGCAGGACUGCUGGAAGAAUUUUAUUUCAGAGAAGGUCAGUGGCAGAUUUUUUGGAGGGGAAAUGCUAUGAAUUCCAAUAUUUUAUAUGCAUAUUAAAUAACAUGUCAAAACUUGUUUCCAUCUGCAUUAAACUUAAAUAUUUACUUUGAAGUAAGGUUUUUUACAUUUAAUUUUAUAACACAGUUGGAUUCUAAAUAAUUGAAAUGAACAGUUAUUACAAAAUAUAAAUACCAUACAAUAUUACCGUGUUAUUAAUUUUUAUUCUGUUGGAACUUUAAAGAUAUAUUUUUAGAAAUGAAUUAACAGUACACAAUUACAGUUAAUUAAAAAACUGCAAAAUCGAUAAAAAAUGGAAUUUUACUCUCUGCUGUCUCCCUGCGCAAUAACCCUAAAGAUCUGUACUGUAACUGAAGAAUACAAAUAUUUUUCUAUACAUUUUAAAGUACAUUUAAAUUAAUAUUGAAAUGUCUAUUCCUCAAAACUCAUCAAUUGCAUUAAAUCUUCAAUUAUAUUAUAAACACAUAUUUUUUUUCAUUUGAAAAAUGUUAUGUUAGGUUUGUACCUAUUCAUAAUGAAUUCCAUUUUAUGCAAAACCUUUUCAACUGCUAUUUUAAUGCUGUUCUUAUUCUAUUAUUGAUAUUUCUUUAUUUUAAAGUUAAUUUAUUCAAAAUUUAACAUUCUAAAAAAACUUUUCAACAAAAUGCCUUUUAAUUUAUUAUUCUAAAAAUUAAUAAACAAAAACUGGAAAAAAGGAAAUAUUCUGGCAAAAGUGUGAAGAAAUCUAAUAGUAUAAUACAUAUUUACAGUCUCUUAUGAGUUGCUUGAAAAAUCUGUUCUCUGUCAAAUAAUUUUUAUCAGUGAGGAUGGUUAAAUAUUCUCAAAAAAUGAGUUUUCUGAAAAUAUGUUUAACAACAAGUCUUGUAGGGUAGCAUCUGGCAAUCGAAGGAAUAUUCUUAACUAAUUUGUAUACAGUAUAGAAUGCAAACAAUAAUAUUAAUCUUGGGCAGUUUAAUAUUAGAAGAAACUGCAUAUCCUUUUUGUUAUUGUUUCGAAUAUUUUUCGUCUCAUUCUGUAAAAAUAUUAUUUCCAAUCGAAUUCACAGGCAAUAAAUGUAUUAUGUGUAUUUUUUUUCCUCUCUUUUUUAGACUUAUUGUAAUAUUUGCUCAUUUGGCUGAAGUUUUUGUAUGGAUAUUUUAAUUUUACAUAAUACUUAGUUUAAAGUUAAGUCUCUAAGAUUUAAAAAAUUACUCUCUAAUCGUUUAUGUAUAUACUUUGGAUAUAUUUCUUUAUGUAUAUAUUUUUAAUUAAUAAAUUUUUAGUCCCCUUG